UUUGCUUUUGUAUUAUUGGAAGCGUAAUCCAAUUCGGAUUCUGAUUUUGAAGAGUAUAUUCGAGUAGACGGCAUUAAGCUACGUGUGCUUUCAUUGGGAGGUGAAAAUAAUGAUGGAUAUUCAGGUGGAAUAAAUUUCAAAAUCAAAAUUAUGAAUGAAAAUUUACUUUAACGUAUCGAAUAUUUAUUUUAUGUGAUUAAAUAAGAGGAUUUUUCCGAUAUCGCAGAAACAUAUUGAACGAAAACUGUGUCUAAUGAUGAUUUUAUAUUAUAAUAGUAAUUAUUUGUGGAACAAACAGGAAAUGCAUCGACAAAUGGUUAAGUGAGUGUCAGAACUACAUGUGUUAGGUAAUCGAACAAUAUGAAGUACAAAUUUUCAUUCAAACUUUUAUAUGUUUACACUGCACUUGGCCCUUCUGAUCUGAUGGAGAACAAUUUACCUCCCAAGCACUAAUAUCACCACCAGACGUCGACACUGUACAUUUGCCGUCGUAAAUAUAAACAAAUCAGACUAUAUAACGUACACCAACAAACCAACGCAUUCGUGAAACUGAAAACGUUUUUUUAUUACAGAGUCAGUUCGGCACUGACUCAGUUUUAAAAACGAAUUCGCUAUUAUUAAACGCCUUGGAUAGGAUAUAGGAUUGUUUAUAUUUCAUCACUUACCGGCCAGUUCGUCAUAGUAUCUAUGCAUUGGAGUGUUUAGUUAAUUAGUUUAGGCGCAACAAUCACGAUUUGGAAGGAUGCAAAUUAUGUUCCUUGUUCUUCUGUUUGUCUCGUUUGUUUGGUGUGGUCCUGAAGAAAAUGAAGGAGUGAAAUAUGCCAGCAAAUGCGAGGCUUGCAAGAUUCUAGCAACGGAAUUAGAGGCUCGUCUUGCGGAGACGGGAAAAUCCCGAGAUGUGAUUGAGUUGGGAUAUUCUCUAGACGAUGUCAAACCAAAGAAACGGACGGAAUAUCGCAAAAGUGAAUUGCGCCUGCUUGAGUCAAUGGAAAAUGUGUGCGAACGUAUUCUGGAAUAUAACAUCCAUAAAGAAAGGAAAGAUAGCACCAGAUUUGCUAAGGGAAUGUCCCAAACGUUCCAAACCCUUCACGGAUUGGUGAACAAAGGGGUAAAGGUUGAUCUUGGUAUCCCGUACGAACUGUGGGAUAAACCAUCAGCUGAAAUUACACAGAUGAAAACCCAAUGUGAAACAAUGGUUGAAAACUACGAAGGUGCCAUCGAAAAUUGGUAUUUCCACAUGCAGGAGAAGAAGCCCCUUAUUGAGUAUUUAUGCGAGGAUCGUGUUUUGAAGGGGAAAAACCAUAAAUGUUUGUACGAACAACUUUCGGAUUCGUCAUCAGAGACUGAAAGUACUACGAAACAGGAUAAGAACGAACUGUAAUGCGAUGUUCAGUAGUAAAAUAUAUAUAUGUUAUAGUCCAUUUACUGCA